AUGGAAAUGAAGUCCCAAUUGCGUAAAGAUCGGGAAGUGUCUUUGAUUAGAGAGGGUGAGGGAUUCAAGGUCUCACCUCGAUUUAGGAAUUUGAUGGAGAAGGAAAUUAAGUUUGGCAUACAUUGUCUGAUGCUCGCCUACACCAAAAUAACUGGUAAGGAGCUGACUGAUAUUUUUCUCCGAAAACACAGCGAGAAUUUGAUAAAAGAUGAAUCAGGACAAAUGUCACACAUAAAAACAGCCCAUAAAGCAUUCCGACCCUCCGGGAUUGCUAGGAGGUGCAGUGAAAUGGUGAUCAGGGUAUCCCAAAGUUAA